AUGGAGAAAAAAGAAGCCUGCAAAUCUGGAUAUGGAGUGUGUGAUAGAGCAGUAAUGAGUCAACCCAAUACUCCGGCAAAGUGGAACUCAAGGAUUCUGGACUGUUGCAUUGACAGGAGGGUCUGUUUGUGUGGUACCUUCUGUUCAAUGUGCCUAGCCUGUCAGAUGGCUGAGAGGUAUGGUGAAUGCUUCUGUCUCCCCCUGCUGCCAAGAACUAUGAUGAUGAUGCGCACAUCAAUGAGAGAGAGAUACAACAUCCCGGGCAGCUUAAUUGAUGACUGGGCAGUGCACAUGUUCUGUGGACCCUGUGCUCUAUGUCAGAUGGCAAGAGAGAUGAAACACCAACUGGGUUGA